UUUGUUAAAUAUUUAAGCUUUAAGUUUGUUUAAUUAAAAAAAAAUCCCAUAAAGUUGUGAUCUUUGAGCAAUUUUAGUAUUUGGGUAUUUAUUUUCUUGAAUAAGUUUUGAGGAUUUAAGGUUUAAAUUUGUUUAAUUUGUUAAAAAAAAUUGUGGGUGUAAUAGGAUGGAUUCUGAUUCUUGGAUUCGUAUGUCUACUUCUUCAAGACGUCACCAAUCUCGAUCAGACUUCUAUAAUAUAAUAGAAGAGUACGAGGGUGAAGAGGAGUCAAGGCCGGAGUUUCUGUGCCCUUUCUGUGGCGAGGAUUUUGAUAUAGUUGGCCUUUGCUGUCAUAUCGACGAAGAGCAUGCUAUUGAGGCUAAGAAUGGGAUAUGCCCCUUUUGUGCUAAAAGGGUUGGGACGAAUUUGGUUGGCCAUAUUACGCAGCAACAUGGAAAUAUUCUGAAGGUGCAGCGCAAGAGACGAUUACGAAGGGGUGGAACUAAUUCAACUCUUUCUAUUUUAAGAAAAGAGCUGAGAGAAGGAAGUCUACCGUCCAUUCUCAGGGGAUCUUCGCACUUGGUUUCUUCCGCUACUUCAGAUCCUGAUCCCCUGUUAUCUUCAUUCAUUAACACCUCAGCUUCGGUUGAUGAACCUCCUGAAGUUCAACCUCUUUCUUCUGCUUUAGCAGCAUGCUCAACAGAAGAAAACACUGCUGAGAACUUGUCUGACAGAAAUAUUCAGCCAUCUCCACUAUCCGAAAAAGACCAAGAAGAGAAGGCAAGGAAAUGCGAGUUUGUUCAAGGGCUUCUGCUGUCGACCUUUCUUGAAGAUGACGACUUCUAAUUUAACAAGAGGAUUCGCAAUGUAGUAGCUAUAUUAUGUAGCUUGCAAUGUAGCUUGGUGGAAAAA